GUAGCCUUUGGCCCGGAUCAGAAGGACGCUCCUCUACAGAUUUCAAACGCUCUCCGGAAGUGAGGGCGGUCAUUUCCGGCCAGGCCCGCCUUCCCUCCCGCCGGGAGAGAUCAGGGAAAGAAGGAGAGGGGAAAAAAGGAUUCCUGGGACUCUUCCUCUCCUUCCCUGCGCGCUCAGUCUGGAAAUUCACGGGAGUGGAUUGACCGACGGGCCACCCGGAAGUGCGGGUCUCUCCUUCCGGCCCCGGUCUCCCCCCCCUCUCUUUUCUCUCUCGUUUUCUCCCUCCUCCUCUUCUUUCCCCACUUCAAAGCGGCGCUUCCAAAAUGGCGCCUCUAGAUCUGGAUAAGUACGUGGAGAUCGCGCGGCUCUGCAAGUACCUGCCGGAGAACGACCUCAAGCGUUUGUGUGACUAUGUGUGUGACCUGCUUCUGGAAGAAUCUAAUGUGCAGCCUGUUUCUACGCCAGUUACCGUCUGUGGAGACAUACAUGGACAGUUUUAUGACUUAUGUGAAUUGUUUAGAACUGGAGGUCAGGUUCCUGACACAAACUACAUAUUUAUGGGUGACUUUGUAGAUAGAGGCUACUAUAGCCUUGAGACAUUCACAUAUCUUCUUGCCCUAAAAGCAAAAUGGCCUGAUCGUAUUACACUCUUGCGUGGAAAUCAUGAAAGCAGACAGAUAACUCAAGUGUAUGGAUUUUACGAUGAAUGCCAAACCAAAUACGGUAAUGCUAAUGCCUGGAGAUACUGCACCAAAGUCUUUGACAUGCUUACGGUAGCAGCGUUAAUAGAUGAGCAGAUACUCUGCGUACAUGGGGGCCUGUCUCCAGACAUCAAAACACUGGAUCAGAUCCGAACUAUUGAGCGCAACCAAGAGAUUCCACAUAAAGGAGCUUUUUGUGACCUUGUUUGGUCUGACCCAGAAGACGUUGACACCUGGGCUAUUAGUCCUCGAGGAGCAGGCUGGCUGUUCGGAGCAAAAGUUACCAAUGAGUUUGUCCACAUCAACAACUUAAAGCUCAUCUGUAGAGCACAUCAGCUGGUGCACGAAGGCUAUAAAUUUAUGUUUGAUGAGAAGCUGGUAACUGUAUGGUCCGCUCCGAAUUACUGCUAUCGCUGUGGAAAUAUUGCUUCAAUCAUGGUCUUUAAAGAUGUAAAUACGAGAGAACCAAAGCUCUUCCGGGCAGUCCCAGACUCCGAACGUGUGAUUCCGCCAAGAACAACCACACCAUAUUUCCUUUGAGACAUGGCUCAGCUUGUAGUACUGUUUUCUCUGUGACAUACUUUUUAUUGAGCACUUUGCUGCUGAAAUGUUGCCUCUUGCCUUUUUUAUUUUUAAAUUAUCUAAAUGUGUUGUAUAUUGUGUCUGUAGCAAUGUGUCUCUCCAUCUCUCUGCACACCUCUUGUGUCCUACCCUUCCUUCCCACAACUUUUCUGCAAGUGCUCAUGAAAUGUCUCCGGCACUUACCGCGGCUGGCGGCUGUUCUUGCAUAUUUGUGGGAGUGACUUUUAGGGAAAGCAGCACUUUUCCUUAAAUUAAUAAAAAUGGAGCAAGACAUCAGAACUAGUCUGAUCUCCUUCAUUUCAUUCAGGAGGUUAUCUGUGGGGAGGUGUUUCUUUUUUUGUGUGUGUACAUUUUAAAGAAAUUUCAGCAGCAAAGUUAUAUUCAGCGUGCACAAUGGGAAUCUCGAUUCAAAGUGUAGCAUACACAUGUCCAAGAUGUAAAAAUGAAUUGUCCUAGUUAUAUUUUGUUUUAAAAUGAGUAUAAGUAAGUGGCCUAAAAGGCUGCCCCAAUUAUAUUUUUGUUUUGUUUGCUUUGGGUUUUUUAAGGAUUCAAAAAUAAAACAAAACUGGCUACAGGUAUUUGAAUUUGUAUAGUAAAAUAAUUGUUCUGAUUUUUUUCAGAUACCUUGUAUUUUUAAUAAAGUCAUAUCCUGAAUUCAGCCUCUAGGUAAAACAUUUGAAAUAAAACCCUACAUUGUUAAUAUGAA